GUGUGUGCACGGAUCGAGUAACUCAUUUCCCCACCUUGAGAAAACGUCAGUUUAUUUUUGCCUUGCUAGAUUUGGCAUGAGCCACCAGAUGACGCUGUUCCAACUCUGACCGCUCGGCUAAGGCAGGAAGUCACGGUCAGCUGAUUUCUUCACAUGACCAGAGGACUUUUUCCAUUAAGCUGCUCCGUUUCGCUCCGUUCCCAGCUCGGAAUCAACGAGACGAACGUAUCGAUAAUGGCCGGACGAGGGAAAUUAAUCGCCGUCAUCGGCGACGAAGAUACGUGUACGGGAUUCCUCCUCGGUGGAAUCGGGGAGCUGAACAAGAACCGUAAGCCGAAUUUCUUGGUCGUGGAAAAGGACACGAGCGUCACCGAAAUCGAGGAGACCUUCAAGAGCUUCUUGGCCCGCAGUGACAUUGGCAUCAUCCUGAUCAACCAGUUCAUUGCGGAGAUGAUCCGCCAUGCCAUUGAUGCCCACAUGCAGUCUAUUCCUGCGGUGCUGGAGAUCCCCUCCAAGGAACACCCCUAUGACGCCUCUAAGGACUCCAUAUUACGCAGGGCCAAGGGCAUGUUUUCUGCCGAGGACUUCCGAUAAAUUCUGCACCCACCAAACAUACACACACACACACCGAGGCCCGAGAAGACGCAGGCAAAACUACCAGUCUUCUAGCCCAGUUAUUUAUGACUCGCAUUCAAUAUUUCUGUGUUUUGCUUUUGCCAUGCUGUAAAGUAUUCGAGGUGACUUUCCUGAGCUACUGACACGCACUACUGUUCAGUGACGUCACGUGCGUCGAUGUCGACACACCCUACUGACCCCCCCCCCCCCCCCCGUUGUCUCGUUUUGUCAAAUGUGCAUCUACCAUUCCAAUUUAAAUGUCUGUGAGAUGUCGUUAUUCAAUUUCUGACUUGGAACGAGAAAUCUUAAACACCCAUUCAGUAAAAUAUGGUUUUGUUUUCUAUGUUGGCUGUUAUUUUAUGUCUUAUACAGGUUUGCCACAGCAGUCUCGUUCAUAUACAAGCUAGCAACGAAAAUUCAACACCUAAAUUUAGCGUAGGAGUUAGAGGUUUCUUUUCAGGAAAUGCACAGUGCGUCUAUGCAUGUGACCGUGCCUCACACCUUUAUGUACAGACACACACCAUUUUCCACCGUCAAAGCCUGACUUCUCUGCUGUUAUGUGUUUCCAAGGCUGUGUGAAGGCAUUCUUUGCUCUUGGCAAAAUGCAGCUGAGAACAAAUGAUGUAAGGGAAAAUAGAAUUGCAUAAUAGAAAAUUUCAUUAUUGUUCAAACUUCUUUUUUUUAACUCUGCAAAAUGCCUGCCUGUGAAUCAAUUUUGUGAUUGUUUAAAACGUGUUAUCUAUACAGAUGUGUAUAAAAACAGAGGGUUAAUGUUGAAGAAAAUAAAUUGCUUGGUUGUGA